AUGUCCGGAAAAGAAGACCCUUUGGCCUACGGGUAUUAUGGCGGACAAGGAGAGUCUGAAAGAGGUUCUGGCGAUGGCAGGGGGGGAGGAGGAGGGGGGGGGGAGAGGAGCCUCCUAGGAGGCACCCUCAACAAGUUCCGUGACAAGGUCAAGACUUACGCCGGUGGACCAGGUUCUCAACAACCAUACCAACAGUCCCAUUAUGAUACUCAUAACGUCCAACAGGGACAAUCCGGCUCCCAUGGUUAUGGACAACCAUACCCACCACAGCCUCCACAACCAUAUGCUGCUGCCCCUGGCCAACAGCCAUAUAAUGAACCUCCCCAUGGCCAGAACCCCCCUUAUCAUGAAAAUAAGCCAUCCACAUCCAAACCCGAUAUGGUAUCGGGGCUACUUGGCAAGAUUCAAGGAAUUGGCUCCGGUGUAGCACAGAAAAUUGGUUCUACCCUUGACCCUCAAGCGUACGCCCAGUAUGGCCCGCCACCAACAAGCUCACAAAAUCGAUUUGGAAGUUUUGCACCCCCUAGAGAUCACUGUGAUGCCAAGUGGUAUAUUGAUGGCUGUGAUUAUAUGUAUGCGGUGUCCAGGGCCUUGGAAAAUGCAAAGGAGUCUAUUUGGAUCCUUGACUGGUGGUUAUCCCCGGAACUAUAUUUGAGGCGCCCACCUUCCAAAAACGAGCAGUACCGACUCGAUCGAAUGGUCCACGCUGCUGCUCAACGCGGGGUUCGUGUCAACGUAAUUGUGUAUAAAGAAGUGACCCAAGCAAUGACUUUGUCGUCCUCUCAUACCAAGCAUCACCUUCAGAACCUUCAUCCAAACAUUGCUGUGUUCCGGCACCCAGAUCAUCUUCCUGAUCGGCAGACUAUCCAUUCUUCCGUUGUAGAUUCUUUCAAAAACUUAACCCUCAAUGCGGCUGGCGUUUCUAAGCUUUCCGCUGAUGCCCUGAAAGGUUUAUACGGAAUGAGUGGCGAUGUUGUCCUUUACUGGGCUCACCACGAAAAGCUUUGCCUCAUUGACGGAAAGACUGCCUUCUUGGGUGGCCUUGAUUUAUGUUACGGACGCUGGGAUACGAAUCAACAUUCUCUUUCUGAUGUUCAUCCUAACGAUAUCAGAGAGACCGUUUUCCCUGGCCAGGACUAUAACAAUGCUCGUGUGUUGGAUUUCGACGAUGUGCUACAUUGGCAGAAUAACAAGCUUGAUCGCAAGAGCAACUCUCGUAUGGGAUGGGCUGAUAUUUCAGUUAGUUUGCAUGGACCUGCCGUUGAAGACCUUCGAAGGCACUUCGUUGAGCGAUGGAACUUCAUAUAUGACGAAAAGUAUAACGUUCGUCAAGAUAGCAGAUACUCGAGGUUGGUACUCUAUGAAAAACCGCUAUCAGCUGCUAGCAUUACGGGAUCGCACGGACAAUCACAGCAACAGCAUCAUGGACACCAGCCGCCUCCUCCAGCACACAACCAGCAGUACCACCCUCUUCCCCCAACUGGGCCUCCUCCGACUCAAGCGCACCAUGGCAGUAGCAAUCAGCCAGGACAGCCUGGGUGGGGCGCUUCAACACAGCAAUCGCAGUCCCAGACGCCGUAUUCCCAGGCGCCGUAUUUCCCACCGCCGCCAAAUCAGGCUGGGCAACAUUCGCAGACUCGUGGACCUGAACCAUACUAUGAGCAUGGUUAUCAGCAACAGUUCCAACCGGGUUCUCAUCAACAACCCGGGCAGGAUCGCAGUCUGACCUCAGAACUUCGUGGUUUGAAACAUGACCUUGGCAAUUUUGGCAGCGUCCUUCGAGGUCAACUUGCUGGACAAGUGCACCAAUAUCAGGAUCGAUAUUUCUCAGGCACACCUGGUAAGACAGGGAGGCCAACGGCGAAUAUGUCUUGUCAAAUUAUUCGCUCCUCCGCCAAAUGGAGCCAUGGAACCCCAACAGAGCACUCAAUUAUGGAUGCAUAUGCGGCUAUUAUUCGCGACAGCGAGCAUUUCGUAUAUAUCGAAAACCAGUUCUUCAUCACAGCGACCGGUGAUGCCCAGAAACCUAUCGAAAACAAGGUUGGUGCCGCGAUUGUGGAGCGCAUUCUUCGCGCCGCGAGAGCAGGGCAGAAGUACAAGAUGAUUGUUGUGAUCCCAGCCGUGCCUUGCUUUGCGGGAGAGCUCCGUGAUGAUGUCGCCCUCGGCAUUCGCGCAAUUAUGGAAUUCCAGUACACUUCUAUCAACCGUGGGGGCCAUAGUAUCAUGGAGCUGAUUUCCAAAGAAGGAUACAAUCCGAUGGACUAUAUCCGCUUCUAUAACUUACGCAAUUAUGACAGAAUCAACACAAGUGCAGAAAUGAGGAAGGCUGAGCAGAAGAGUGGUGUUGACUACCAGGAUGCCCAAAAGCAGCAUGAUGACAAAGUUACUGCAAGUACGACCAGUGCGUUCGACACCACUGCGGCGUACCAACCAUACCAAAAGGCUGCACAACAAGUUUCCCACCCGACUGGAUCUGGCCGUUGGAAUAGCGUGAGCGAAUGUUAUAUGCUUGGUGGCGAGGAUAUACGAAAGGUUCCGUGGGAACAUCCCGGCGAUGUUUCUGAAAUCGACGCAUUUGUCAGCGAGGAACUCUAUGUUCAUUCAAAGGUCUUGAUUGCCGACGACAGAACGGUCAUCUGCGGAAGCGCCAAUCUCAAUGACCGUUCCCAGCUGGGGGAUCAUGAUUCGGAGAUUGCCGUCAUCAUCCAGGACCCCACACCGGUGGAGUCAUCAAUGGACGGGAAACCAUACCUCGUGAGCAAAUUUGCAACUACCCUCCGACGGCAACUCUGCCGAAAACACUUGGGCUUGAUUCCGGUCCAAGAUUACCAGCGGCCUACCGCCAAUUCUGAGCCUGUGGGCGUGCCCAAUGUUUACGAUAUGAACUCGGCGGAAAAUCAAAUCGUUACCGACCCUCUGUCAGACACAUUCCAAAGCCUUUGGAAUUCUCGCGCAAAACAGAAUACCGAGGUCUACCGUAAAGUCUUCCAUGCCGUUCCCGAUGAUACAGUUCGAAACUGGAAUGAUUACAAGGAGUUCUUCGAGUACUACUUCCGUAGUCCCGUUGCUGAGGAGAAAAAGAAAAAGGAAGGGGAGAUACGUGAAGUCAAACCAUACUUGAUGGGCCAUGUCAUUCGCGAAAAUUUCCCAGGAGGGGUACAAGAGGUCAAAGAAGAAUUGAGUAAGGUCAAGGGAACGCUCGUGGAGAUGCCCCUGAUGUUCUUGAUUGAAGAAGACAUCGCGAAGGAAGGGAUCGCAUUCAAUAGCCUCACGGCGACGCUCUACACUUGA